AUGGAGCACCACCUUCAGCAGAUGCCGCUGUCUGCACACCCCACGCAGCAGCUGCAGCAGCAACAGCUGCAGCAGCAACAGCUGCAGCAGCAACAGCUGCAGCAGCAGCAGCAGCGGCUGCAGCAGCAGCAGCUGCAGCAGCAGCAACUGCGACAGCAGCGUCAGCAGCAGCUGCAGCAGCAAUUCCAGCAGCAGCAGCAGCUGCAGCAGCAGCAACAGGUGCAGCAACAGCUGCAGCAGCAGCUGCAGCAACUGCAGCAGCAGCAGCAAAGCAGCAGCAGCACCACUCCUCUGCGCUACUCCUUGAAGCACACAUUUGGUUCUUUGUCAGUUUAA